AUGGCCAUCUUUAUGGAUGAUGCGCCUCAUGUCUUCGGCACAGUUAUCACGAUCGCCGUGCUGGCCUACGUCACAUUUGGCCUGAGAGUAUAUACCCGAAUCACGAGAGGCAGUUGGGGUAUGGAGGACUGGUUAAUGACAGUGGCCGCAUUUCCUCUUUUGAUUUUGACAAUAGCAUGCGCCACGGCGGCAUUCAACGGCGUGGGAAUACACCAAUGGAGACUUGAGCUGGAGCAAAACGUCAAGUACCAAACCAACGGACUGUUUUGGUUCUUCCUUUUCGAGGUUUUCUACUGUGUCACGAUCAUUCCCGUCAAGCUCAGUAUCUCUUUCAUGUUGGUCCGAAUCGCCGAGAACAGGUCAUGGUUCGUGUGGUGCCAGUACGGCAUCAUGGCUCUUUUCACUACAAUGAACGCGAUCGCGGCCUUUUAUAUCAUCUUCCAGUGCGCACCAGUCUCCGCCGCCUGGACCAACGUGGGAACCUGCAACGCCAGCUACAUCUUGGCCGAUAUCUAUUAUGCAACCACGGCCGUCAACAUCUUUACCGAUUGGGCUACUGCUCUCAUGCCCAUCCCCCUGCUAUGGAACGUCAAGAUGAACACCAACGCCAAGGUGUCCGUCGGUGCUAUUUUGGGACUGGGUAUCUUCGCCUCCAUCAGUGCUUGUAUUCGUCUCAAGUACACUGUCAACCUGACGUCGGCCACGGAAUACUUGUACGGUUUGGCCAACAUUGUCAUUUGGGGAUACGCCGAAAACGGCAUUGGAAUGUUUGUCGGAAACCUCUCGACCCUGCGGCCCCUCUUUCGCCGCGUCCUCGGCCUCGGCGGCUCCAGCGGACAAACAGCACCCAGCGGCAUGACCCCAAACGGCUUGCCCAGCAAGGCCACGCACCCGUACCGUUCCUUCGACCCGGGCUUCGAAAUGGGCACCAUGCACUCGAUCAAGGAGAAGCCCUCCAUGGCCACUUCGACGCAGAUUGUCGGUAACGACCGCAGCUCCCUGUCGAGCGACGGCGAGAGCCAAAAGCACAUCAUGGAAGGAGGUUCCGGCGCCGGCGGGGCUGGCUCCUUUGGUGCCGGCGGUAUCGUCGUCAGUCGACAGAUUGACAUCAGCCAUCACCAGUAA